AUGGCCCUGCUGAUGAGGCCUACCAGCCCAUUCCUAUCCAGACUCUGCGCCGGCCUCGUCGCCUCCACGGGGGCUGUGGCCGGAGCACACUGGCUCCUUCAUCCCACAGAUCCGUUCUGUGUUCUGAGUCUCGGUCUGGGUGCAUUUGUCUACGUCGCAGUCGUAGGCACUUCGCACAACGUCGCGUGGUAUUGCAUCUUUGCUCCAGGAGUGAUGUUUGGUCUCUUGGUAUUCCCACGAAUGCCCGCAUGGUAUGCGACCUCUUUGGAUCCGCCCCCGAAGGCAGAUCAUCGACGACGCUAUGUGCGGUGA